UCCUUCGGCCCCGCCGCGAUUGACUCGAUCGACUCCCUCCUCGCCGCCGUUAGCCGACCCUCAAAGCUUGCACUCUUCGUCGACCCACCACCGUCCGCCGAUGUCGCGGCGCGCAAAGCCGCCGAGCCCGUCCCGCUAAUGGCACCCAACAUCCCCGACUCGUGGGCCUUCGAGAUCUACGAGGACUCGCCCGAGGAGACGCUACAGAACCUGAUGGAGCACUCGACGUGCACGCUCGACAUCUCGGACGACUCGGACGACGACGAGUCGGUCACCAGCGAGCUGCACGAGAAGGGCAAGGAAAACAUUGCGCCCGCACGGCUGGCAGAGCUGCUGGCCGUCGCCCCGAUCGAGCGCGGCAACGCCAUGCGCGUCGACGCCGUCGAGAAGACGAUCCCGCAGCGGAGAGGAUCCCGGCGAGAUCCGCUUAGGGAAAUGCUGAAAGAGGAGCUUGCACUCCCCGAAAAGACGCCGGCGGUCGAGAAUAACCUCCCGACCCUCGCGAGCGAUCGCUUCCCUGUGUUCACGCCGCCAAAGAAAGAGCGAGGCUACCCCCACCCGCACAAGCUGGGCGAUGUCACGCCGAAGUCGCCGGAUAGUCCCGGCUUCGUCGUCUGGGAGAGUGAUCACGAAGAGGACGAGGAGGCAAGGGAGGAUGGUGUUGAUGAAGCUGCUAUCGCUGCGGGAGUGGCGUUGCCGGAUGACGAAGUGGAUCUAGAGCUAGAGAGGGAGCUCGCCGAUCAGGAGUUUGAAUCCUGGGGGAAUGAUGCGGACUCGUUGGGUGGGAGCUCGGAUUCGGAGAUUUGAUCGGUUGUCUGCUUAUGUGUCUUUUCACGCUUCUUUUCUUGAUCUUUACUUUCGUUGGGUUGGGUUCUUGACUGUCGUUUCUGGUACCUAGUGGUAUGUGUGGGUUGGUUUGGUGGAUUGGAUUGGAUUGGAUUGGAUUGGAUUGGAUUGGAUUGGAUUGGAUUGGAUUGGAUUGGAUUGGAUUGGAU